CAUACGCUCCGCUGCAGCCGCAGCCAGCAGCCAGCACCUGGCCUCCGCUGGGGACAGGCGACGCACCUGCGGCAGCAGCAGCAAUCUGGGCACUUCACUCCCCGCUUCGCGAGCGGCCGGUGCAAGCCUCGGGAGCCCCUCUGCAGCGCCUGCGGACCCGGCACCUGCCCCCUUCUUCUUCUUCUCUGUCCGAUCGGCCGGUGACAGCCCCCGGCUGCACCUUUUCCUGAAGUCUGGGAGCCCCCACUCCACCCCCGCUCUUCCCUAUGGGGAUCCGAGAGUUUCCCAACGGCACGGCGAGGGGCAAGACCAUCACAAUUGGCAUGAGGAGAUCUCCAGAUGUCAGUCCCAGGAGGCUGUCAGACAUCAGCCCGCAGCUCCGGCAGCUCAAAUAUCUGGUGGUGGAUGAGGCGAUCAAAGAGGAUUUGAAAUGGUCCCGAUCCGUGGAGGAUCUCACCAGUUCUUCCGUGGGGCUCACUUCCAUCGAGGAAAGGAUUCUGCGGAUUACCGGGUAUUAUGGCUAUCAGCCCUGGGCUGCCAGCUACAAAAGGGAUGAGCACUCCCGGGAAUCUCCAGCCCCAGCAGAAGCACAGAUGCAGGCUGGGGUGGAAGUCAGUGGAAGGGGAAAUCGUUGCUGUUGGAAAUGCUCAGUGACCCAACUCAAGAAAUUUUUCUGGGGAGUGGCUGUGGUCCUGGGUGUCUGCUCCUCCUGGUCAGGUUCAACCCAGCUAGCAAAAUUGACCUUUAAGAAAUUCGAUGCACCCUUCACUCUGACCUGGUUUGCAACAAACUGGAACUUUUUAUUUUUUCCUUUGUAUUAUAUUGGACAUGUUUUCAAAUCAGCUGAGAAACAGUCUCCGAAGCAGAGAUACAGGGAGUGCUGCCGAUUUUUUGGAGACAGUGGCUUGACUAUGAAGGUGUUUUUUACCAAGGCAGCACCCUUUGGUGUUCUUUGGACACUCACAAACUACCUGUACUUACAUGCAAUAAAGAAAAUAAACACUACGGAUGUCUCCGUGUUGUUCUGCUGCAACAAAGCUUUUGUGUUCUUGCUUUCAUGGAUCGUUCUCAGGGACAGGUUCAUGGGAGUGAGGAUUGUGGCUGCUAUACUUGCUAUUGCAGGGAUAGUCAUGAUGACCUAUGCUGAUGGAUUCCACAGUCAUUCAGUUAUUGGAAUAGCACUUGUUGUGGGAUCUGCCUCAAUGUCUGCUCUUUAUAAGGUUUUGUUCAAACUUCUCCUGGGCAGUGCUAAAUUUGGAGAAGCCGCCUUAUUCUUGUCUGUGUUAAGUGUCUUCAAUGUCCUUUUCAUCACCUGUAUUCCUGUCAUUCUGUACUUUACCAAAGUGGAAUACUGGAGCUCUUUUGAUGUUAUUCCUUGGGGGAACCUUUGUGGAUUUUCAAUUCUCUUAUUGACAUUCAAUAUUCUAUUAAAUUUUGGAAUUGCUAUUACAUAUCCUACCUUGAUAUCUCUUGGAAUUGUACUCAGCGUACCUGUCAAUGCAAUUGUUGAUCACUACACGAGUGAAAUUGUCUUCAACAGUGUCCGUGUAAUUGCCAUUGUCAUCAUUGGCCUGGGCUUCCUCUUGUUGCUUCUACCAGAGGAAUGGGACGUCUGGUUAAUGAAGCUCCUCACCCGCCUCAAAGUGCGGAAGAAGGAAGAGAUCCCCGACGGGAACGGAGACAUUGUUUCAGGACUGCAGAGCAAAAGCAGGAGAACUCGCCCUUCCAUGUCAUCCUUUGCUCAUUAAUGUUAUUUUUACUGAAACUCUGUGAUUAACAUUGUAUGUUAUGAUUCAAGGGUCUUUUCCUGCGAAGCACGUACGUCCAGUAUAGUGUACAUACCUGUACAGUUUUGAUAUGAUACAGUCUAAGGCAUCAAGUUUUGGCAUGUCCUAUUUGCUUGCACUUUUUUCACAUCAGACCUUUCACUUAGAAUUACCACUU